AUGCAGGCGCAAUACCGUUCCUAUCAACAAGGGACUCCUUCACGAGCAUCUCAUGCUGGUGGUAAUAGAAGAGGUAUAGCACCUGCUGCCGCUGCACAAACUAGAGAACAAAUGUCGCAACAGCAAUAUCAACAGCAGCAACAACAGCUUCUAAAGCAAAAAGAAGCGGCAAAGAAGCGAGCGAGCGAACCUACAGAUAAAAAUAUACCAGAUGGCGUAGAGGAUGUGAUUAUUGGGGAUGGUGUGCAGAGAUAUAGAGAGCUAAGAGAUAUUGAGAGAAGGUUGGAUGCGACAAUGACGAGAAAGAGAUUGGAUAUUCGGGAAAAUGUGGAUAGGAAUGUUAAGAGACAUCGAACUUUGAGAAUUUGGAUCAGUAAUACGGUCGAAGAUCAGCCUUGGCAGUCGGAUAAUACUCUGGAUGUGGAUGCUUUUGAUUUCAGCACGAAUAUCGACUCUUCGUUCCGGGUCAAGAUCGAGGGAAGAUUACUGGAUGACGAUGAGGAUGAUAGUGAUGAAAGUGACGACGAAGAUGCAACCGAGGAACAUGGAGCUGAUUCUAUGGAUGUGGAUAAGAAGAAGAAGACGAAGGGUCCGGGAAGACUUUACAAAUUGUCACAUUUCUUUAAAUCUAUGACAGUUGACUUCGACCGAAAUCAACGAACAAAAGAUGGGGCGGAUCAGAGCGUGGAGUGGAAGAAACCUAGCGUCGCGCCAAAUUCCAAUAGCCUGCCAGCAGCUGCAGACUUUGACCAAUUGGAGUUCAAGAGGUCAGGCGAUGAAAAUUGCAAUAUUGUCAUUAACCUGGUUCGCGAUGAGACACCCGAAAGAUUUCAAUUAAGUCCUGUUCUCGCAGCUAUCUUAGAUACUAAUGUUGGUACUCGUGAGGAAGUUACCAUGGGUAUUUGGAGUUAUAUCAAAGCUAUGGGACUUGCAGACGAUGAUGAGAAGAGAACUUUUGAGCUUGACGAGAGACUUAAACCGCUUUUCCCAGGUCGAGAAAAAGGAUAUUGGCCCCAACUUGGUGAUGCCAUCAUAUCUCACACAACAAUUCUUCAGCCAGUGCGGCUUCAUUACACCGUCCGCGUAGACAAAGAAUUCCACGAAAAUCCUCAACCAACCAUCUACGAUGUUCAAGUAACCGUUGAGGACCCUCUGAAAGCCGCCCUCGAAGCCUCCACCAGAAACCCCGCUUACGCUGCCAACCUACUUGAACUUUCAACUCUAGAUAAACAGCUGGCGGUCAUGGUCCGAGCCAUUGCCAAUUCCAAAUCAAAACAUUCAUUCUUUGAUGGUCUUUCCAAAAAUCCUACCGAGUUUAUUAGAAAAUGGAUUAGUUCUCAAAAGAGAGAUUUGGAGAUCAUUGCUGGGGAUGGAAUGAGAGGUGGUGGAGAAGAUGCUACGAGUGAUGAAUGGAGAAAGGGUGGUGCGGAUGGUGUUUGGGGAAGUAAUAAUGUUAAGGAACUUGCUGCUUUGAUGAUUAGUACGGGUAAAGUCAGGGCAGUAUAG